AAAAAAAAUAAUAAAGAAAAAAAAGAAAUGACUCAGUUCUUUGUUUCACUGUUCGCACGGACAGCUUGGCUCUGGGGUCCUUACAUUCGGGCUGUAACUGGAAAAAUGUGUCCAUCAGGCACCAGAACCCAAUUCACAAAGUCAGGAACGUCCCAAACAGCUGCAGCCGAGGUUUGGGAUAAGGAAGUGAGGCUUUCCUGUCAACCUAAACCUGGCCGCCCAGGACCCCGAAGAAACAGCCAAGAGUUAAGACGCAAACUGCAGGACUGACGCACGAUCCGAGUCUCCCUCAGCGGUUCUCCAGGUUCUUGGCGCCAACACGAGUCCCGGGCUCCGUCCCCUGCUGGAACUAAUCAGACGCGCAAGACACGUAACCACUAGUCCUCCGCCUCGUUAAAUAGUCCUGCCUAGGAUGCCUCGGUGACGCACUUUUCCACCUCAGAAGUCCCUCAGCAGAUAUGCGAUGAGCCUCGGGGGUGCAUCAUCUUUCUGUUCGAAUGGGAGUAUGGGUUUUCUGAUCAUUUUCCCUUCACAGAUUCCUCCGCCAGAAAUCUUACUCGCGGCGUCUUCAUUUCCGGGUCCGCCAUUUCGUUGCCUCUGUUUCUCCACGAGGGGGGGUUAAAGGCCCCCAAAACAUGCACACAUGAAAAGGGCAAAAAGUAACCGUCCUUGACAGGCAGUCUUAACUAGAGAAGGAAACGGGACUAAACUGGCGGGCUCCGUGGAAGCGCGGCCGGCAGCGUCCCGGACGAGGAGGGGAAUGAAAUGGUGUUUUGUUGUUGUUGUUGAGACGGAGUCUCGCUCUGUCGCCCAGGCUGGAGUGCACUGGCCGGAUCUCAGCUCACUAUGUCUUUGGUGGACUUGGGAAAGAGGUUGCUAGAGGCAGCAAGAAAAGGCCAAGAUGAUGAAGUGAGAACAUUGAUGGCAAACGGCGCCCCAUUCACCACAGACUGGCUUGGAACAUCACCCCUCCACCUUGCAGCUCAGUAUGGUCAUUAUUCCACAGCAGAAGUACUCCUUCGAGCAGGUGUUAGCAGGGAUGCCCGGACUAAAGUAGACAGGACCCCCUUGCACAUGGCUGCUGCGGAUGGACAUGCACACAUCGUGGAACUGCUCGUUCGGAAUGGUGCAGAUGUGAAUGCCAAGGACAUGCUGAAGAUGACAGCUUUGCAUUGGGCCACAGAGCGCCACCAUCGAGAUGUUGUAGAGUUACUUAUCAAAUAUGGAGCUGAUGUCCAUGCUUUCAGCAAAUUUGAUAAAUCUGCCUUUGACAUAGCUCUGGAGAAAAACAAUGCUGAGAUUUUGGUCAUCCUCCAGGAAGCAAUGCAGAAUCAGGUGAAUGUUAAUCCAGAGAGAGCCAACCCUGUGACUGACCCUGUGACUAUGGCUGCUCCAUUCAUCUUCACAUCGGGAGAGGUUAUUAACCUCGCAAGCCUUGUUUCUUCAGCCAACACCAAAACAACCUCAGAGACGGGGUUUCACCGUGUUAGCCAGGAUAGUCUCGAUCUCCUGACCUCGUGAUCUACCCGCAUCAGCCUCCCAAAGUGCUGGGAUUACAGGCAUGAGCCACCGCCCCCAGCCUUUCAGUCAGCAUCUCCUCUUACAGAUAUUUGUUUUACAAUGAAAUAACUUGUGUCCUCAUUUAAAUAAAUUUUCCAAUUGGCUAUUGGUUUCUUUUUC